CAAAUGGAAAAAAAGAGUAAUAUUUACAAAGAGAAAACAACUAGAGUGAUGCUGGGUCUCGUGCUCUGGUCUGGUUGCUGAUUGCUCAAUUUAAGAACACAAUCCAGUGGUAUCAACAACAACAAAACAGAAACCACUGCCUGCAAAGUCCAGGCAAUCACCGAGCUCACUCCUGCCUGCUCUUCAUUUGUCAUUGAUGAAGACAUAAAGAUACGCACUUGUAAUUCUAUCGCCACUUUCUUCUUGACUACUUGUCUUCUUCUUUUUCAGGUUCAUGGCCUGUCGAAUGGGAACUACAAUGCUACAGUCAAGUUUACUAGCAGUGGAGAAUCAAAUCUCUGAAAGAUCGCCUAUAACCCUUGCAAACCAGAACUGUUGCAGUGAACCAAGUUUCAUCAGGCAAACUUCAAAGAUUGGCAUAAAGUCUGUGCCAUUACUCCAAAGGAGUUUUCAUUCAACAAGGCAUCGGUGGAGAAUAGCCUUUGCCUUGGACACAGGUGGGGUUCCUAAUAAUGGUGGGCAAGAGGGCAUCAAUGGCAACAGCUCUGAUCUCAAUCGCACUCGAUUGGGUCGGAUAGUGACUGCAGGUGGAAGACAGCUAUUGGAGAAGCUGAAUUUAGCCAGAAAAAAUUUUCCCAUGAAGAUAUUUCUUCUUCUUUUGGGUUUCUACACGGCAAAUGCAUUGGCUACAAUCCUUGGGCAGACUGGUGAUUGGGAUGUUUUGGUUGCAGGUAUUGUGGUUGCUGCCAUUGAGGGUAUUGGUAUGCUUAUGUAUAGAAAGCCCCCCUCUCAAUCAAGUGGAAGGCUGAAGUCUUUUGUCAUGAUGAUAAAUUACUGGAAAGCUGGUGUAUGCUUAGGCCUCUUUGUGGAUGCUUUUAAGUUGGGUAGUUAAAAGGUGCUUUUAUCCACCUCAAGUUUGGAACUAAACUACUUAACCACCCUCGCUCCAUUGGUCGGUUGUCCUGUCCGGACUCCGGACUAGAUCCACGUGUAUCAUAAGAUCACCAAUCUCAACUUCAGUUUUGAACAUAAAAGUUUGUCCUGUCUGUCCUGUUUCUGUA